ACCAAAUUAGAUAAAAUUUUACAAAGAACUCCGGCAAUCAAAAAAUAUUUCUUGUAUAUUUUAUUUAAAAAAAUUAGUUCUUAAAUAAAAAUUAAAUGAGAUCAUAUUACCUUUUAUGAAAUAUAUAAAUAUUAAUCUUCUUUUGUGAUAUAUUAGCGCUAUAAAAAAUGUGGCAUGAAGCUAGAAAACAAGAAAGGAAAAUUCGUGGUAUGAUUGUAGAUUUUAGAAAAAGAGCAGAGCGUCGGCAAGAUUUUUAUGAAAAAAUUAAAGCUGAUCCAACACAGUUUAUGCAAGUUCAUGGCAGAAAAUGUAAAAUACAUUUAGAUUCAGCAAUAGCAGCAGCAGGCGAUGGCUCGGCUAUCAUUGUUCCCUGGCAAGGUCAGAAGGAUAAUUUGAUAGAUAGAUUUGAUGUUAGAGCUCAUUUGGAUUAUAUACCGGCAGUUCAAAAAAGUAAUGAACCGGAGGAAUUGACAUUAGAAGAAAGGCAAUGCAAUUAUGAAAGAUAUAGAAUACUAGCACAAAAUGACUUUUUAAAUAUAUCUGAAGAGAAAUUUCUUCAUCAACUUUAUUUAGAAGAACAAUUUGGAGCAAAUGCUCCAACUGAUAUCACAAGUCCCAACACCGGAACAACUCAAAGUACAGCAACUACUAAAAAGAAACCGUCCACUGGUUCUGGUGCUGCAAUAGGUUAUAAUUAUGAAGAUAAUGAUAGUUCAUCGGCGCCUUUCAGUCAUAUACUAAGUGCUCCUACUGUUCCUCAAACCUCGAAUGUUGAAGAUGAUGACUCGGAAUCUGAUCUAGAUAUGGAUGUUUCAAUUGAAAUCACAAAAUUAGAUACAACCCAAGCCCAUGAAUUAAAUGGGUGUGGUCGUAAUUAUGGAAUGUUGGGAAAUGAUUUCUUUUCCUAUUUGCAUAAAGAUGCAGACGAAGCGGAGGCGCUUCGUAUGGCAAGAGAAGAAGAAGCUGAAAAAAUAAUGUUAAGCGGGAGGAAAAGCAGACGAGAGCGUAGAGCUCAGAGGGAGAGGAGGUUUAUAGGACGACCAUUGAGCCCGCCUAGUUAUGCUGCGAAAGAAGAGCCACAGGAAAAAGAAAACGAAAGUGCUGAUUCCCGUUCACCUUCACCAGAAAAUUCUGGGAAAAUUACGUACAUUACUUCAUUUGGAGGAGAAGACGAACUGCAACCUCAUUCAAAAAUUUCAAUAAAUUUAAAUAAGCCUUUUGGCAGCGGUAGUACAAUUAGCUACGCUGAAAAAGUGAAGGAAAAUCUUGCGAAACUAAAGGAAAUCAAUGAAAUACAGAAACGAAAAAGUCCGGAAUCUCCCAAAGUACCUAAGCAAUACUUAAGAAGUCGAACUAGAACUCGAAGUCGUAGCAGAAGCUAUAAAAAACGGUCUCGCAGCAGAAGUAUGUAUAAGAGAAGUGGUAGCAGAAAUUAUCGUCGAAGUCGUAGUAGGGAUCGUAGUUACAGGAGUCGUCGAAGAAGAUCUUCAAGUUCAAGCGAUUCAAGAGGUAGCAGUAUUCGCAGGAAAUCAAAGUCAAGAUCUGUGCAUCGAAAACAUGAUUAUUCGAGAUCAAGAAGUCCAAGACGUUCAAAAAUGCGUUAUACAAGUAGCCGAAAAAGGAAAAGUCCAUCAUCUUAUACAGACAGUAGUAAAUCGAAAUCACGUGAUAGAUCAAAAUCUCUUCCAAAAUCAAAAGCAAAUAUAGAAGUAGUAAACAAAGAAAGUGAACUUCAAAAUCAAACUAUUUCAGAAAAACCGUUUACUUUUGGGGAAUAUAUUGUUCCAAGUAAUAGUACAUUUAAUCCAAGUGAAUCAACAAACGUGCCAUUAACCUGUGGUAUCGUUCAAGUAGCAAAACCUCCUGUAACAUCACAAUUACCCCAGCCAAUAAUCACAUUUAAUAAACCUACAUUAUCGCCUAUACGACCACAACAGUCGCCAAAACCGUUGCAAUUUAAUCCUCAGCCGAACAGUUCUCCUAAUGAGGUAGAAGUUCCUAUAAAACGUUACUAUGGUCGACGAAAAAGUGAUGAGUCUUCCUCAAAUUCUGGCGAGGAUAAUAGUACUGAAGAUGAAACGGAUAAUAAAAAUGUUAAUGAAAAUUCAAAUUCUGAACCAUUUCCUGUAGUUGCUAAUAAUAUUAGUGGAAAUUCUGGUGCUGGUAAUUCAGGUACCAUUAACACGAACUGUUCUACCUACGAUGCCAAAUUGAAUAUUUUUCAGGGGCAAGGCAAAAUAAAUCCGAGAGACCGUUUGAAACGCAAAAUGCAAAUUUUAUUAAACAAGCAAUACAAGGCGGAUAAAAAAGCAGAAAUAGAAAGAACUGAACGUCAAAUCCAACAGCAACAAGAAAGAGAAGAUGAAAUGCGUGAGCUGGCACUUAAGCUUAGAAGACGGCAACGUGAAUUACGUCAUAAAUAUGGAACACCAUCACCAAUAGCAAACACAUCAGAAUCAGAUUCUGAAAAGCAAUCAACAGUAAUUUCAAUCAGUGCUGCACCUGUUAUAAACAAAGAUGCUCUUAAAUUAAUUAAAGAAAGGUCAAGAUCGAAAAGUAAAUCAAGAUCAAGGACCCCACGAGAUAGGGAACAUCGAAAAAGAUCACAAGAAAGAAUAUUUGAAACAAAAAGACGUAGUUCGAGUAGAAAUCGUGGAAGUAAUAUUGGAAGCAAUACAAUUGGUAGAGGAUUUAAUAGUAAUAAUAAUACUAAUCGUCGGCGUAGAUCUAAUUCAAUGGAUUAUAAAAGAGAUUCAAGAAGACGUUCACGUAGUUCCUCACGACAUCGGCAAAAUCAACCAUAUAAAUAUCGUCAAAGAAGUCGCAGUCGCGAUCGUCGAACAUCAUCGUAUCGUGAGAUUGAUCGUGACCGCGAUAGAUAUAAUAAUCGACGUCGUGAUGAAUUCCGUAAUUAUUCAAGAAACUAUAGAAGUAGAUCUAGAUCCAAAUCACGUGAGCGAAAUUAUAAUCGUACGAGACCACGUGAUCGUAGUAGAGAGGAUAAUAAUUACAAUAGACAGAGAGAUAGAACUAAUGACAAUCAAAGUGGUAUUGGUAAUAUUAGUUCAUCUUCACCAAAAGUUUUUAGUAGCACAAAACGUUUGGUUGACUAUUGAUAUUCAUUAUAAAAAAAUGUUAAGUUUUAUUAAAACAAAACUUUUGUUUAUAAUAUAGAGUGAAAAUUCUAAAAUAAAAAAAAAUAACUUUUUUGUUUUUCUAAUAUUAAAUUUGUUUUUUCUCUUUCAUCUCAUUUUUAAA